CGCUGUCAGAACCGGAUUGGGCCGCGGCGGGGACGGAAGCGGCCCCAGGGCCCGAGGGGCUGGAACCUGGCCGGGGCGAUGUGGAGCGCGGGCCGCGGCGGGGCUACCCGGCCGGUGCUGUUGGGGCUGCUGCUGGCGCUGUUAGUGCCGGGCGGUGGUGCCGCCAAGAGCGGUGCGGGGCUCGUGACCUGCGGGUCGGUGCUGAAGCUGCUCAAUACGCACCACCGCGUGCGGCUGCACUCGCACGACAUCAAAUACGGAUCCGGCAGCGGCCAGCAAUCGGUGACCGGCGUAGAGGCGUCGGACGACGCCAAUAGCUACUGGCGGAUCCGCGGCGGCUCGGAGGGCGGGUGCCCGCGCGGGUCCCCGGUGCGCUGCGGGCAGGCGGUGCGGCUCACGCAUGUGCUUACGGGCAAGAACCUGCACACGCACCACUUCCCGUCGCCGCUGUCCAACAACCAGGAGGUGAGUGCCUUUGGGGAAGACGGCGAGGGUGACGACCUGGACCUAUGGACAGUGCGCUGCUCUGGACAACACUGGGAGCGUGAGGCUGCUGUGCGCUUCCAGCACGUGGGCACCUCUGUGUUCCUGUCAGUCACGGGUGAGCAGUAUGGAAGCCCCAUCCGUGGGCAGCAUGAGGUCCACGGCAUGCCCAGUGCCAACACGCACAAUACCUGGAAGGCCAUGGAAGGCAUCUUCAUCAAGCCUAGUGUGGAGCCCUCUGCAGGUCACGACGAACUCUGAGUGUGUGGAUGGAUGGGUGGAUGGAGGGUGGCAGGUGGGGCAUCUGCAGGGCCACUCUUGGCAGAGACUUUGGGUUUGUAGGGGUCCUCAAGUGCCUUUGUGAUUAAAGAAUGUUGGUCUAUGA